AUUGGAACCAAACAGGCUCUUAAGCUGCGGCCAAAAAGAACUCCAGCCGGUAAGAGGCGGCCUAACCCAGUCUGACCUUAUAGAAGCUUCAGCCCGCUUCUUUGCCCCCCUCCUACCACCCAAACUCCAAACCCUAGCUUCCUAGCCUACGCGUCCCCGAGCGAGCAUGGAUCGGAUCGUCGGUAGCAAGUACAAGCUGGGCCGCAAGAUCGGGAGCGGCUCCUUCGGGGAGAUAUAUCUCGCCACGCACGUCGACACGUACGAGAUUGUAGCCGUCAAGAUCGAAAACAGCAAAACCAACCAUCCCCAAUUGUUAUACGAGGCUAAACUGUAUAAUGCUCUUCAGGGAGGGACUGGUAUUGCAAACAUAAAAUGGUGUGGCAUUGAUGGCGAAGAAAAUGUUCUUGUUAUUGAUUUGCUUGGGCCAAGCCUUGAGGAUCUGUUUGUUUAUUGUGGCCGGAGAUUCUCACUGAAGACAGUUUUGAUGUUGGCAGAUCAGAUGAUAACAAGAAUAGAGUUUUUGCAUUCUAAGGGGUACUUGCACAGGGACAUCAAGCCCGACAACUUUCUUAUGGGCCUUGGUCGGAAAGCUAACCAGGUCUACAUCAUUGACUUCGGACUUGCCAAGAGAUACCGUGACUCAACCACGAAUCGCCAUAUACCCUAUAGAGAAAAUAAAAAUUUGACUGGCACAGCUCGCUAUGCAAGUUGCAACACUCAUCUUGGGAUUGAGCAAAGCCGAAGGGAUGAUCUGGAGUCCAUUGGAUAUGUUCUCUUGUAUUUUCUAAGGGGAAGUCUUCCUUGGCAGGGUUUAAAAGCUGCCACAAAGAAGCAGAAAUAUGACAAAAUAAGUGAGAAGAAGCUUUCAACACCUAUCGAGGUUUUGUGUAAAACCCAUCCUGUGGAAUUUGCUUCUUAUUUCCACUAUUGUCAUUCAUUGACAUUUGAUCAACGGCCAGACUACGGUUUUCUGCGACGGCUCUUCAGAGACCUGUCGGACCGUGAAGGGCACCAAUUUGAUCAUGUCUUUGACUGGACAUUGUUGAAGUGUAAGCAAACCCAGAAGGUGAAGGCUCAACAGCAAGAUCCUGGUGUAAGUAGCAGGCCGGUUGCAAAGAAUAUGGACAAACACCAAGUUAGUGGUUUACAUGCAGCUGAAGCUUCUUGUCAGCUUGAAGCAGAACAACGCCCAGUAAUCAGAAUGCAAAUAAGAUCUACUGCUGAGAACAGCCGUUCAAAUAAUCAACAUUCUGAUAAAUUGAGAGUGAGUGCUAGCACUGAUAAGGAAUUGCUGCAAUCAACAUCAUUUGGCCAUGCUGGUGCCCCAAGGAAGAACGUAUCAAUCUCCAAAACACCAUGGCUUGUCGAUCCCAACUCAGGACCUUCAAACCACCUUUAGCACUCAGAUCAGUUGGUUCCUAUGUUCAUGCCGGUCUAUUUAGUAACCAUUGACAGGGGAUACCGUGUGCCCCGCCAAACAACGAGCCCUCACUCCUGGACUUGUGGCAAUCGGCACGACAAUCCGCCCCAACGCCCAUGCGCAAGGGCCUGGGUACCAUGACCCUCCUCGUUCCCUGGAUGAUAUGGAAGCACCGCAACGACUGCGUCUUCAACGGAGCGCGCCCAUCGGUGAACGCCCUGCUAACGAAGAUAAGGAAGAGGCCUCCCUUUGGGCAAGCGCAGGCGCACUAGGGCUCAGAGCCAUUACCCCCAGACAUGGGAUGUCCAUUAAUUCGAAAGCUGUAUCCGCCUCCUAGGAGGAAUGUAACUACAACUCUCUCUUUUCAAUGAAAUGAAACACACGCUCAUGCGUUUUCUUGAAAAAAUAAUCUUACAAAGGCUUAUAAAUUGGGCUAUAGAUGCAAUUUUGUGGUUUUGUAAAUAAUGCUGAUGUACACGCACCUGGCAUUUUAUCAUUGGAAUUUUUCUUAUUUGGAAAAUAUUCCUUUUUAUUGGAUUUGCGAGGUUUUAAGCAUGAUGGCAUAAUAAUGCCCUCAUGGAACCUACUUCUGGCUUUCAAACCUUUUCUUCUUUGCUAUAGCAAUUUCAUAUUUUCAGUGUCUCUGUAACCUAUUUUGGUGAUGACUAGGUUCACUCUUUUCUAUCUCCUAUUGUGUCUGUUAGGUUAUCAGGCUAUGGUUUCAGCUGAUAAUCCAAAGGCAACAUGUAAAUUUUAGGUUUCUAAGUUGUCCUCUCUACUAGUAGAAUACGUGGUUGAUGUGAUGAUGUGAAUUCAACACCACUUAUCACGUAAGCAGUCAAGAAGUUUGUUCUUCCA